AUGGCUGCAUCCAAGGCACUUCUGAUCACCUUGGUGCUCGCCGUGCUCACCCCUCUCGCUGCCACCGCCGCCCAGCAGACGGUGACGAACCUCACCCUCCACAACCUCUGCCUCUACCCAGUGUGGCCGCGCAUCACCCAGAACAUCGGCCUCCCAGCCAUCCCCGACGCCAACGACACCGCCGGCCGCCUCGAUGGGGGCGGCGAGGGCCUGGUCACCCUGGCGUUUCCUCCCGGCGCGUGGUCCGGCCGCAUCGUAGCGCGCACCGGCUGCAUCGACGACGACGACGACGUGUGCGACACCGGCGUGGCGCCGGCACCGACGACGGUGACGCAGGUGAGCGUGCACGGGCCCAAUGGGCUGGCGGAGUACAGUGUGAGCCUGGUCGACGGGUUCAACGUGCCGGUGGUGGUGACGCCGCACGGGUUCGAGCAGGGCGAUCAGUGCCCGUCCCUCGGCUGCUCCGUGGACCUUGACGUCGACUGCCCCAGCGACGCCAAGGCCCCCGCCGGCGGGUGCAGGGCCCAGGGACAGGGGCAGUUCUUCAAGCAGAGGUGCCCGGACACGAGGACGACGCCGACGGACGUGGAGGCCACCCCGCAGCGCUGCCUCCAGCCCGGCGAGCUCAAGAUCGUGUUCUGCCCCGACACCUCCAACUAG